AUGUCUUCACCACAAUACGUCCUCGUGACGGGCGCCACGGGCUUCAUCGGUGCCCAUGUCGUCGAUGUCCUCUUGUCCCGCGGUCUGCGCGUCCGCGGCGCCACGCGUUCCGCGGCCAAGGGCGAGGCCAUGCGCGCGGCCCGGCCGCAGUACCAAGACAAGCUGGACUUUGUCACGAUUGGCGACUUUGGCUCGACCAACGGUGGCGAGCUCGCUGCUGCCGUGAAGGGCGUCGACGGCGUCAUCCACGUGGCCAGUCCGUUUACGUACGACACCACCGACAACGAGAAGGAGCUGAUUGUCCCGGCCAUCAACGGCGUCAAGGCCGUUCUGGCGGCGGCAGCCGCCGCCCCGAACGCGACGGUCAAGAGAGUGGUCGUGACCUCGUCCUUUGCCUCUGUGCUGGAUGUCGACCGCAAGGACCGCACGAACGGCGUCUACUUUACAUACACGGGCGCUGACUGGAACCCCCUGACCUAUGCCGAGGCCGCCGACAAGGCCACGGGCGCGGUGGUGGCCUACCGGGGCAGCAAAAAGUUUGCCGAGCAGGCGGCGUGGGAUUUUGUCAGGGAGACGGCGCCGCCGUUCGACCUGGUGGCGCUGUGCCCGCCCAUGACGUUCGGCCCCAUUGCGCACCCCGUCGCGACAACAGCCGACCUCAACGAGUCGAACGCCAUGCUGUGGAAAGUUGCGUCGGGGGCGACGCCGCUGCCGGUGGCGCGCGUGCCGUUCUGGAUCGAUGUGCGCGACCUGGCGCUGGCCCACGUCGAGGCGUUGCUCAGACCCGCGGCCGGUGGCCAGCGGUACAUCCCUGCAUCGCCCGAGCGGUUUUCGUACGGCCGGGCGGCACAGAUCGUGGUGGACCAUUUCGACUGGGCAAAGGCGGCGGUCACGCCGGAAGAGCAGCCCGUGGACGAGUCACACGGCGUCGAUGGCGCGACCGCUGCACAGGCCCUCGGUCUCAAGUACAAGACGUUUGAGCAGACGGUGGUCGACCUCAUCACGCAAGCAAAGACGAUGCCGUCCAAAUAG